AUGUAUGAACUAAUAAAUCGCUAUUCGUCACUCACAAAAUUGAAGCGUAUUGCUGCAUACCUUUUAAGGUACAAGUACAAUCUUCAACAAGCCGCGCUAAUACGCAAAGAAAAAGAAGCUACACCCUUUCGAAAUCAUCAUCUUCGACUUUUUGAAUUGGACGAAGCUCUUCUCUUCUUGGUAAAACUAACUCAAGAACUUUUCUUCAAUGACGAUAUCAAACGCCUCGAAUCCAACAAACCUGUCUCAUGUCACAGUAAGUUACUAAGACUCCACCCUUUUUUGGACGAAAAAGGAAUGCUGAGAGUUGGAGGUCGACUUACAAACACAUCCUUAUCACCAGACAAAAAGUAUCCCCUUCUACUACCGAAGACAUCAAAAAUCACAAAACUCAUCUGUGACGACAUUCAUCGCAUUACACUUCAUGCAGGUUCGCAAUUAAUGCAAGCAACGCUACAAAGCCGCUUUUGGGUCAUCAACGCUCGUAGUGUCUUGAGAAAGAUUUCUCUAUCCUGCAUCAAAUGUCGUCGACAAACCCAUCAUCUUCAAAGACAACUCAUGGGUGACUUGCCUAGACCUCGAGUAACAGCAUCUAGACCUUUCCUGAGUAGUGGUGUCGAUUUCGCUGGACCUGUUUACCUACGAAUGUCAAAAGGUCGAGGAGCUAAAGCUAUGAAGGGAUACAUUUCGGUAUUCAUUUGUAUGGCAACUGGUGCAAUGCACCUAGAGCUCGCUAGCGACCUUUCUUCGGCUACUUUCAUAUCCGUUUUCAAACGUUUCGUAUCUCGUCGAGGCCACUGUAAAGACCUUUACAGUGAUAACGGAACGAACUUUGUUGGUGCCGAAAAAGAGCUCAAGCUAUUACUCUCUGAAGCUUGCAAGGACGAAAUACUAGCUCAUUAUCUUUCUGAAGAUGGAACGGACUGGCAUUUCAAUCCUCCAGCAGCUCCUCACAUGGGCGGCUACUGGGAAGCUGCUGUGAAGCGAGUUAAAUUUCAUCUACGUCGCACACUUGGUGAACAUCUUCUUACUUACGAAGAAUUUUCAACUUUAUUGGCCGAAAUCGAAGCUUGCGUCAACUCGAGACCACUGUGUCCCAUUUCAUCAGACGUUAAUGACUUGGCAGUUCUCACGCCUGGUCAUUUUUUGAUCGGAGAACCACUCAAAACAAUCCCAGAACCCGAUGCUAAAUAUUUUGAAGGCAAUCUUUUGAACAGCUGGCAUCGCAUUUCUAACUUACGUCAGCACUUCUGGAAACGAUGGAGUUCUGAAUAUCUCAUCCAGCUUCAGCAACGUUCCAAGUGGAAUCGAUCCUAUCCUAACUUGAGUAUAGGUGACCUAGUCGUCAUACGUGAUGAAAACUUGCCCCCAACCAAAUGGAAACUUGGUAGAAUCGCUAGCACUCACCCUGGCGACGAUGAUAAGGUACGUGUCGUUACAAUUAAGACAUCUGAUGGUUGUCUCACUCGACCAAUUGUAAAAGUUUCACCACUGUUAUCUAUCGACAAUCGACAAUGA